GCGCCCUGCACCCCGCCUUGCCACGGCAGCCGCGGCCAGUCCAGCCCCAGUCCCUGCCCAGAGAGAGUAGGCCAGGCCGACGCAGGCAGGCUAGGACCCCACCAAGAACGGCGUGCGCUACCUGAUCUCCUCCACCGCGGUCCGUCGCCGAGACACAGACCGCAACGAUGGGCGAGAAGACUUCCAGCGAGUUCUACCUGCCGCCCCCGAAGGUCGGCAAAUGGGAGAGCUUCAGUACGUUCCUCUGGAACUCGGAGACCAGCCAGUUCAUGGGCAGGACUGGCAGCAGCUGGGCCAAGAUCCUGCUGUUCUACCUCAUCUUCUACGCGUGCCUGUGCGGAUUCUUCGCCGGCCUGCUGGCCGUCUUCUACCAGACGCUGGACCAACACGUGCCCAAGUGGCAGCAGGGGGCGUCGCUCAUAGGCAAUAACCCCGGUCUGGGCUUCCGUCCGCUGCCGCCCGGCGACAACGUCGAGAGCACCCUCAUCUGGUACAAGACGAGCGACACCAAGAACUACGAGUCCUGGACCAAGGAGCUGGACGUCUUCCUGGCGCCCUACCACGAGAAGACCAACAUCGAGGGCACCGGCGAGAACGUGGUGGCUUGCGACUACAACCUGCAGCCCGGCCCCGGCAAGGUGUGCCAGGUCAACAUGCGCGACAUGGGCGCCUGCAACAAGGAGAACUCCUACAACUACAAGAAAGGCGGCCCCUGCAUCUUCCUCAAGCUCAACAAGAUCUACGGAUGGGUCCCAGAGUACUUCAACACCUCCAACAACCUGCCCAAGAACAUGCCCGAGGACCUCAAGGCCAUCAUUCGCAAGAACGAGCGCAAAGACCCGAACGCCGUCCCCACCAAGAGCGUGCUGGAACUCAACACCGUGUGGGUGUCCUGCGAGGGCGAGAACCCCGCCGACGUCGAGAACAUUGGGCCGAUCAACUACGCUCCCAAGCGCGGCUUCCCCUCCUACUUCUUCCCCUACUUGAACACCAAGGGUUACCUCAGCCCCCUCGUCGCCAUCUUAUUCGAGCGGCCAGCGACCGGCGUCCUGAUCAACAUCGAGUGCAAGGCGUGGGCGGCCAACAUCCACCACGACCGGUCCGAGAGGCGCGGCUCCGUCCACUUCGAGAUCAUGAUCGACAACUAAGCGACCACCUCGGCACCCGCACCCUCCGGCCUGCCGCUCCCCCUCCCCUCCUUCGCUCGCUUCUCUGCCUGACCCUCCUUUUCUUUCCCGUUUCCUUUUCCUGGGGGAGUGCAGGGCUGGAGGACGGCGUGGCGGGGCGUGGCGGGGCGUGGCGGGGCGGCGUCGACGGCGUCGGCUUGGCGGUGGACGUGGAAAACUGGACUUGAUUUAACCUCCACCGAGUCGCGCCCUGGACACUAGCCGAGGGCGGUCAUCGUGGGGCCAGAAGGGCCCUACCCUCCGGCCUCGCUCAGGGCCCAGCCCCGCCCAGCCAGCCGUGGUGCCCGUCAAGUGUUUGUAGAGGGGUAGGGUAGUCAGGACGUUAACGGGGGCCUCCCCGUGGGACGGACCGAGUCCGGGCCCAGAAGAGGAGCCACAUCGCACCGGGCCGAAGGAGCCGAAGGAGAGGCGGGGCACGGCGGAGUCCCGUGCUGUGUCAAGUGGAGGAAGAGUGCCCGGUGCUUACCUUCGCAGUGCUUCGCUGCUCGGCCGCCCAGCCGGCGCAGAGCAGAACAACCGGACACUGGAGAUUCCAUCGUGAGACUGAGCUGAGGCUGAGGAGUAUGACAGCCGCGCCAGACGCAGCCAGGGGCCGUGGUGCUGAGCCGCGCUGGAGCCGCUCGGCGAGUCGCUGGAGCCACGCUGGGCCGUUUUGUGGCGGUGCUGGAGUCGCGCUGGAGCCGCAGGGCGCCACGCCACUGUGGGGCCGCGCUGGAGCCGCGCCGGAUCCGCGCCGCAGCAACGCAGCGCCAGUGCCGGAGCCGCGUGCAAGCCGCGCUGGAGCCGCAAGCCGCGCUGGAGCCCAGGCCGCGCUGGAGCCGCGCUGGAGACAGUGUAGGGCCAUGGUGCAGGACGGUCACCAUGGACGUUGGUUCGACAGUUCGAUCGCAACGACUGCCAUUCCAUUCAUUCCGCGGCGCGUGCCGUGCGUGCCGUGCGUGCGCAACACGGGAUUAGGGAUUUGGACGGUGCGUGUCCAGUUGGGGCAGGCACGGUCCGGGGCCUGCGCGAUAUUCGAUAUUCGAUACUCGAUACUCGAUUUAGUUUUCAUGAUCUCAAAGAAAGGGCUGACAGCGGGAAGCGGGAGACUUGAAGGGGCCAAGCGAAAGUGGUUCGCCCUGGGAGGAAAGAGCGUCAGGCGUCUCGCGUGGAUCUAAGGAUCAGCACUGCUUUACAGUAGGCCUAGCCGUCAUUUUUAACUCUUUUUUUUUUUUCAAAAUUCACAGUCGAAUAUCUCUCAGCCCUUGCGCAGGUCCGUCGCCCACUCAGAGGCACAGGCACAAAUUUGACCAUACUCUUUCUUCCUAGUGAUGUGAGAUCGUGCCAUAUUCUAUGAAAAAAAAUAAAACGUUUUCCGCCAACUAGUCAGAUUCGCAUGUAGGAAAGUAAAAAAAAAAUGAAAUUCCUUGCCAGAAGAAGGCAAUAGUAUCCGUAAUACUUUUAGGAUGCUCUUUUAAGCUAAUGGUAUGUAAAAUCUCCUUUCAAAAUUGGUAUGAACGCAUUGUAAUUACCAACAAAGAUAGUUGGGUUUCUUUUUUUACCAAUUUCAGUAUAUAACUGGGACGAACACCAAGUGAAAACGUACUUAAUUUAUCUGGCUCAAAUAAAUGCCUUGAGGCAAGUGGUGCGUUUGUAAAAUUAAAAAAUUUAAUAUUCAUUGUUGAUGUUAUCAAGUUUAAGACAACAGAGGUGGUCAGACAACAUGCACCCAUCUCCGCACGCAUUGGUCAGUCGUUUUCGCUACCCAUAUUUUUAAAAUUAUUUUUCAUAGAUCAACAGAAGAGCGCAAAGUUAAGUCUAGCCACCUCUGCUUAGAAUUGUUGUAGAUCUUAUGGUAAAAUUUAGGCUUAGUCUGAAACUGAUGUUUAUCAUUCUUUCUUUGAUUUUCCCCCCUGAGGUCCAUUCAAUCAUAAAUGAAGCAAAAGUUACUGUUUUGUGUUCACCCGUUUGAACAUGCUGCGCCUAUUCCAGAAAUAGACACACAAUUCAAUGUAAUGAACUAAAUACAUUGUAUACAGUUUCUGCCCACUAGAAAACGUGUACACUGCCAUUUAACAGAUUAAUUUUUGACAAGUGUGGAUUAUCUGGCUAUGUCAGCAAAGCGUGUCCAAACCCACAAGCUAGUCGUAUACCUAAAUCACUGUUGUGCAUUGUUAUUUUAUUUUGUAACCUAGUGUGUUUAAGACUUUUUCUAAGAUCUUACAGCAUUGCUACCUACAUAAUUGACAUCAUCUGUAUUUACAAUGUAGUAAAUCUGCCACCUCUGAGAUUUACAUCAGAUUUGUCAGCAAUGCAUAAUGCUGUGGGUAGUGUGAGCAAGACAAGCAAACAGCUUGAAAUAAACAAUAAUGUUUCCAGUGUUAGUUAUAAAUUUGGGACGAGAACAAAAUAAAUUAUGUCCUCUCCAUUAA